AUGAAGAAAUUAGAAAAAGAAAUCAUAAUGGAUGUGCAAAGAAACAAAAGUCUUGUUAUUGCAAGUCUCGGGGAUAUGAUAGCUGAUCUGCUGCAAAAAAAUGACUUAGCUAGAAUUAAAAGACAUGCAUCAAUAUUAAAAAGAUGUAAAGAACUUGCUACUGAAUAUGGAUUACAUUUACAACCACCAAUACUUGAUAGAUUAAAAAGGGAAAAACAUCUUCAGUCACUACAAAAUGUCUAUCAUCUUAUAGCUGGUAAAGUGUUAAGAUUUUUAAAGAUAACAAUUGAAGCGCUUUCAAUGGAGGAAAAAUCAAUAUUCAUAAAAUUUUGGAAAUCUUUCGAAUAUCCAAAAACAUGGCAAAAAUUGCCUAAUCCUAUCUCACAUCUUGACAGUUUUAUGAUAUCAGAUUGUCUAUAUCUGGCUAUAGUAAUACCAUUUAUUCUUAAUAGAUUUUUAGAACCUUUACAUUUCAAAUCUUCUGAACUUAGUUCAUUUCAGCAACGCACAGAAGUUUCUCGAAGCAAUUCAGCUAUAAAGCUUUGGUUGAAAUGUUGG